CAGGGGCGGACUGACCAUUUGGAAACUCGGGCACUGCCCAAGGGCCUGGAGUCAGUAGGGGGCCACAUGAGAUGCCCCUGGUACCUUUUUCAUAGGCUUUUUUUGAGUUUGGGCAAGGACACAGGGGCCCCGUGAUCUCCUAUGGCCCGGGGGCCCCAUGAGUUGUCAGUCCGCCCCUGCCUGGAUGUGAGCAUGCCCAUAAGUAAUGCCCAUCAGUGCCCAUCAGUGCCACCUAUCAGUGUCCAUCAGUGCAGCCUAUCAGUGCCUAU